UCUAUCGACGACGAAUACGCAUCAUCUCCACUCAUUUACGAUACCCAUUCUAUAAACUAAGGCGACUUCCCUGAAAACGACUCACGAUGGCCCCAGCUACAUCAGUCCUCUUUCAUCCCAAGAAGAAACAGCUGUACACCCAGCUGCGGGCCCAAGGUGGCGGCGAGCGGCCCACGCAAUCGAGCUCUCAGAACACGUCUGGGACCUCGACCCCUUCGCCAUCGCCGCCGUCGCCGCAGAAGCCGAAGCCGAAGGUGCCCCGCCCGCCGCGGGCGAAGGAGGAGGAGGACGGCCCGCCGAAGCUCGAGGGCCCCUUCGCCGAGUUCCGGCUGAUGUCGAGUGCGCUGAACGGCUGGAAGUACGACGUGAUGAAGUUCGACUCGCGCAAGCCGGUCGACAUCCUCGCCUGGGCGCAGCCCGUGAAGCUGAACCGCAAGGAGGUGCGGCGGAACACGGGCGCGGACGACACAAGCGGCCCCGCGGCGCCGGUGGCUGUGGGCCCCAUGCUUGGCCCCGACAACAAGCCUGUGAUCGGCAUGGACGGGCGGGUGGUCAUGGUCGACGCGGAGGGCAAGCCCAUACGACCUGGCGAACAGCAGACGAAUGGCGCGGGGGACACGAAGGGCAAGGAGAAGGAGAAGCCGAGCGCGGCGAAGAAGAAGUUCCAGAAGAAGACGAGGCAAGUCUUCCUCGUCCCUGAGCACAUCAGGCAGCUCAGGCGGGAAGAGCGCUACCCGUGGAUCAUCGAGGACAGCUCCGAGCAGGAACUCUGGGUCGCAAGUAUGGAAGAGGUCUCCAAGGCGGAAACACAGGCGAUGUUUAUGCCCGCCGCGAACGACAUCUUCAAGUUCGUACCCGCCCAUCGAUGGUACAAGUUCCAGAAGCGGCCGCACUAUCAUGUACCCAACCUCGAGGAGGCAGAAGAUCUGAUGAAGCAGCUGGCAAAGAAUAAAGACCCAGAACGGUGGCUACUCCGCAGACGCAACGGUCAAGGCCCCUCAGAUGCCACUGCCGCGAUAUUUAAAGCCGAGCGAGACGGCAGCAUGCCGCCUUCUUCUUCGUCGCUCGUAUAUUCCACCAGUCAAAGUGUUGGUCCUGGGGGACGAAAGCUCAGAUCGGUGGACAGCGGUGUCGACCGUCUUUUCGGAGAUGACGACGAAGAGGACGGAGAAGGCAAACGGCGAAAACGAGAAUACGGCCAGGAGGGCGAUCUUGACGAGUUAGACUUUGAGGACGAUGUGCAGGACGACGAUGAUAAGAUGGAGCCAGACGCUGACGAUGAGGAGGCGAAGGAGCUCGAAGAACGUCUCAAGCGGGAAUACAAGACUGCAAACAAGACAAGAGAAGGUUACAUCGACGAGUCCGAUGAAGAGGAAGAAAUCAAUGAGCUAUCGACUGCAGGCAAGGACAUGCGGAAGCUCAUGAAGAAGCUCGAAAAGAACGGCGCGUACGACGAGAGCGACGACGAAAAGAACCCUUACGCUAGCUCGGAAGAAGAGGAGCCGGAGGAAGAGCCGCUCCAGGCGCCACAAGGCCCUGCCAUCAUUCCUCCAGAGCCUCAAGCUCAGUCCCGGCAGUCUUCACAGGCACCUGGUACGCCCGUACCCUCUGGGGCAAAGUCCCCCACGCAGCCUCCAGCGACUAUCAAAACCGAGUCAGGCUCGCGCGCGACGUCGCCCAUUCCCGGUCACGGUGGCCAUGCCGUUGUUGCACAGCGUGCCACAAGCCCCAAGGCGCCCAAGCUUAAGACCAACGGCACCAGCAGGGCAACAAGCCCCCUCGCGGGCGGCAGCCAGCCCACGAGUCCCAUCGGUAGCCCGAUUACCGGGCGAGCAGACAGCCCGCCAACGCAGGGCAAACCAGGCCACAAGCGCAAAGCGGAGGAGGGCGCGGGCGGAGUGCCGUCGAAGCUGAAGAAGCGCAAGGCGACGGCGGGUCCUACGGCGGACGGGGAGCUCGAGGAUUGGAUGCUGGUGGAGUGGCUGAAGAAGGCACCGAACGCGACGACGCGGGACUGCAUCCACCACUUCACGCCGUGGCUCACGACGGAGGACAAGAAGCAGAACUUCACGAAGCUCGUCAAGGAGGUCGCUCAGCUCAAGGGUGGUGUGCUCGUCCUCCGCCCCGCGUACCGUGGCUCGAACGCUCCGAACUCGCCUGCCCCGGCCUCGCCCGCCCCGACGUCCCCUACGCCCAACGGCACCGCGUGAAGCGCCUGUGUGCUUCCGUACGUGUACUUGUACUCCGUUAUUGUAUACCUAGCGGACUAUAGCAUCAUCUUUCUGCGG